AUGGAAUCUGACCCGCAACUCCCCAACGGCAACUCCACCGCCGGCGUCGCUGCUCCUGCCGCAGGGUUCGGAGCUGCCACCACCACAAUUCCAUCGUCAAAGAUUUGCCAACUGGCAGAGUCCUUGAAACUGGAACAUCAGUUCCUCCGGGUUCCCUUCGAGCACUACAAGAAGACGAUCCGCGCCAACCAUCGUGUCGUCGAGAAAGAGGUAUCAGCCGUCAUCUCCUGUGUAUCUGAGGCUGCGGAUUCCGAUCUCUCCCGGGACGACGCUGUUCUCCAACUCAAUUCUCUUGUAUCCAGAUUACAGGGCCUCAAAAGGAAGUUGGAAGAGGGGAGUCGAACAGAACAUUUGCAAGCACAGAAAUGCCGAGCUAGACUGGACCAUCUAGAAUCCGCAGAUGUUGAGAAUUUGUCAGAGUGGAAUAGUACCCGCUUGAAGCGGAUACUGGUGGAUUACAUGUUGCGCAUGUCAUACUACGAAACUGCUGCAAAGCUUGCAGAGAGCAGCAAUAUUCAGGAUCUUGUUGAUAUAGAGGUUUUUCAUGAAGCAAAAAAGGUUAUUGUUGCUCUUCAAGAGAAGGAGGUGGCCCCAGCUUUGACCUGGUGCGCUGACAACAAAUCCAGGCUGAAGAAGUCGAAGUUACAUGCCGGAGGGAAUGGUAUGGCAUCUGAAGAUUUUUGGAUGCUGACUUUAGUGUGCAAUGGUUCAUAUCUAGAUGCUCAUGUGCCAUAUGUGGGUUUACUGUUAGAGCAUCAGUUAUGCUUUGAUAAGCUCCAUAAGCAUCUGGCACCUUGGGGAGCUACCCAUAUGAAAGAAUUGCAGCGUGUACUGGCAACACUUGCUUUCAGAAGUAAUACUGAAUGUGCUAAAUACAAGGUUUUAUUUGAAGAAAAGCAAUGGGAUUACCUAGUCGACCAAUUUAAGCAAGAGUUUUGCAGAUUGUAUGGCAUGACUUUUGAGCCUUUGUUGAACAUAUUUCUUCAAGCAGGCUUGUCAGCCCUAAAAACUCCAUUCUGUUUCGAAGAUGAUUGCACUAAGGAGGAUCCUCUUUCACAGGAGAGCUUCCGCAAAUUAGCACAGCCACUACCAUAUUCAAAGCAGCAUCAUUCGAAACUUGUUUGCUACAUAAGUAAAGAACUAAUGGAUACCGAGAAUCCACCACUUGUCUUGCCCAAUGGCUAUGUCUACAGCACUAAGGCUCUUGAAGACAUGUCGAGGAAGAAUAAUGGUAAAAUCACGUGCCCGAGAACUGGUUUGCCGUGUGGAAUUGCUCUGGCCUUUGGAUAUUUUCAUGCCAUGACUUGGCACCCAACAUUGCGACUGAGCCAAAUUUCAAUUGUUGAUUUCUCUGCAAAUCUGGACAAGAAUCUUGAUUUCUUUCUUAUCCGACUUAUUGUGCUUUCAAUCAAUCAGACUUGCAGUCAUCGGUGA